CGCUGGGCGUGGGGCCUCUGUGGUGGUCCUGAUGUGCCCCAUGCCGCAUUGUCUGUAUCUACAGUCAACACAGAGAGCCGCGGCGUGGGGAUCAAGCAGAGUCAGCUCUCUGUGAGCUCCCACAUUGUGCAAGAGGAUGAAUUGUUGAAAGCUGUAAGAAGCAACGAACCAUUGCGUCUAACGUUCACUCUCCACUUGACUGAAAGUACAUCUGUCGAGUGGGAAACCGUAGCAUGGCGCCGCUGUUUAUACAUUCGCGUACCAAGCUGCCUUCUGCCCGAAGGAUCAAAAGAGGGCUUUGUCUCGCUCCUAGAAUACGCCGAGGAAACACUGCGCUGCACCAAUAUCAUUGUUUGCCUUCGCAAAGAUAGAUCAGACCGAGCAAUGCUGGUUCGUACCUUCAUGUUCUUGGGUUUCACGGUCCUGCCGCCAACUCAUGCCUUGGUACCGCCAGGCAGUGACGCUGGCAAUCUCUACAUGCUCUAUGUCAUCGAGUAAUCGGCAAGCAGUUCUCUGCCUCUUUCAAAUUUAACGCGCAGGUACUGAUUCGAGAGAAGAGAUACAAAGUUUCUCAGCUCUUCAACUUCCUUUAUAUUACAUGAUUAUUUAACUUGCUUUUCGUUUACUAACCACUUUCUCUUCAUUUUCUCACGAGUUUAAUAUACACUGACUUCAGAUGUAAUUCUUGUUAUUUAUAUUUCGUUAUAUUUAUUUUCGUUAUAUUUUAUUACAGGUACCACAAGUCCGUGGAAAAGUAAAAUUCUGGAAAAUACUAGGAAAUGACACAGACUUUUAUUUUAUAUUUUAAGUUUUGUAGUAUGUGUAUAAUUUGUAUCAAUUUAUUAACUGUAAAUUGGGAGAUAUGUAAUUUCGAAAAACUUAAUGUUAAACAAUCAUAUUGAUUGUGGAAAAAUCUUGGCGUUAAAUUGAAGAGGCUUGACAUGAAAAACAAAUUAUAGUCGCGAAUACGUAGAGCGCGUACAUAAAAGGCUUUCAAUGGGUAUAUCGAUUCAUUCUCUUGAACACAAUGUUAAUAACUCUUAUAAGAGCAUAUAAGCUGCUGACAAAGCUUCCUACGUGAAAGAAUUUGACCGAAUUUGUAGUCGUGUGUUAACAACUGAACACGACGACAAACUGUCAAAUUUUAGAGAAAAUUUAUUAUCGAUAUAUCUCAAUGUUAAUUGUGGCAGAUUGGGUAUAUUAUUGCGUUAUUCUUCGUAAUAUAUGUAUAAGUACAUUUGCUUAUUAUUUUUAAGUAUUAUCUAUAUAUAUAUAAUCUAAGGCUUUAAUAUUUGUUAUGCGAGUACCAGUAAAAUUUAAUAAGUUUUGAUCGCUUCCGUUCCGUUAUCUAAAACGAUAUCAUUUAUGAUUAAUUAUGACUGAUAUUCUUUGUGACAUGUGCAAUUAUCUUCUUUUACAAUUCUACGAAUAAUUCCUGUUUAUGAAGUAUUAAAAAAUUAUGCAAGCAUCGAGUAAAAACGAAAUAAAAUUGAUGUCCAUAUUGAUUUUUCGUAGAAUCUGAAAUUUUGUGAAAUAUUUUAUUUCCGAUAAAAAUGUUCGAAUAAAUUAGUUAUUAGCUAAUUUAUGAUAACGUUUGUAUGUCAUACAUGGAUAGCAUAGUUUUGUGAUUUUGAAACCAUCAUCACGAACAUUACAUUAUGUUGAUAAUUGGACAUGAGGAAUAAGAAAUUUACACACAUACAUUUUCCUCAAAAUUGGAAAAGGUAUUGAAUUAUUAUAUAUCUCUUAUUUAUAAUUAUGUAAAUCUGAUAUUUUGUUAAUUUUUUUUGUAGUAAUAUUCUUAGGUGAUAGGUGAUAUUUAAGUAAGUAGUAUAUACUUGAUAAUUCCCAAUCAAUUAACAUUGGAGAGAUCUUGCUAAUAAAUGCGUUCUUUAGUGUUGACUUGAUAACAGACAACAUGAAAAUACAAAAAAAUACAAAAAAAAAUGAAAAAUACCAGAAAAGAACAAAAAAAUGUUAUUAGCUUAUUAGGAAUAUAGAUAAGUACAGAGUGACGGACUAUUGUAUGUUAACUUCACGCAAAUAAUUAUCGAUUUGCCUCGAGUUUUUAAAUUGAACAAUUCCGUGCAUUUUAUCCCGUCAGUUAGUAUUAUACAUUCGUACCUCUGACCAUACAUACACAUAAACACACACAUAUACGAAAUAAUAUGUAUGCUACGUUUCUUAUUCAUACAUGAAAACAUAAUUGCUAAAUAAACAUUUAAUAAAACCCAA